AUGGUUAAAGGGCACCGUUGUCCCCGAGACCAUCCUAGAGCGGUCUACUUGGAGACCACGGACCAAUGUCUUCAAGCUUAUCUCGGCGCAGCCUCAAAAUGCAUCCCAAACUCUGAAUUCCAGGACUUGCUAGAAGCAUCGAUAUCCAUCCAGCUUGUUCGCAGUACCGGUGACAGCUAUGAAAACUUGAAACGACUGGUCAAACGCUGGACCCUCUCACGGAGUCAGCCGCCUUUGAAGGAGAAGUCUCUGAUGCUUGCGCAGGAAAAUGGCAAGGGUAAGAAGAACAACGAGUUGUCUUCGUACAAGCUCAAUGACCAGAUCACUUACAAUCUAUAUAUAUCCUCCAAUGCGUUUUAUGAAAGUGCACUUGCCGUGGCUCUGUAUCUGACUGGAAACAUUGCUGAGGAAAAGGACGAAAUGCUGCUUGACAAGCUUCCGGCCGUGUUGAAUCUCGCAUCAGCUACAUCGUCUGCAGUCACAGGCGACUAUGUCCUCGCGCCCUUCGCGUCUCAUUUCCAACUACGAUGCAAAGCCCACCAAGCUAUGGGUCCUCUCUUCGUGGAAAGAGUGAUGAGCGGAGAUCCGAGACUACUCAAUCUCGGAGUUCUGAGACGGAUCACGCGAGUCUACCGAGUGAUCACAACCGGUCCAUCUUGUCUGUUUCAUACCGCCUUCUUACUGCUAGAAAACCUCGACUCGAUCAAGAAGCUUUUAGACGGUGACCAGUUGGACAUCGCUGCCGAGACCGUUGAUCUCAACAAUUCUUUUUCUGUAUAUAUCCCUAACCAAGGUCUAGAAAUGAGCAAGAGGUUCGGUACCACCAUCUUUGAUCUCCUGGCAAGCGUCUCAGAAGACCCAAUCCGCCUCGAGCAUUGUAUUUGGAACCUUGUGCCUGAAUACCAUCCACUUUACGGACAGGCAUUGACCACACUGCUUAUGGGCAACACACAGGACAACAACGCCUAG